UAAGUGUUGAUCCGUGCAAUAGUUUGGUGUAAAAUUGACAAGGCAAUGGCAAUGAACGGCGAUGGAGUGCAUGGACUGAACGGAGAGACGGUGGCCCCAUCUGAAGCUAAACACAUCAAUGGCACUCCUAGCAAGUCAAAAAUAGCCUGUGAAAACGGCGAGGCAGACAUCCACGCUGCUAAGCGAAAUGGAACUAAGAGAAGAACCCCAACUGAUACGUUCUCCUUCACUGCCGAACCUACCAUCGAUGACAUACGACGGAUGCAAGCGGAAUUUACUGACGAGCGAGACUGGAACCAGUUCCACCAACCCCGCAACCUCCUGCUAGCUAUGGUCGGAGAAGUGGGCGAGGUAUCUGAGCUUUUCCAGUGGCGUGGCGAGGUGACUGAAGGACUUCCCGGCUGGACCGACUCCGAACGCGAACACCUGGCACAUGAACUCAGCGACGUCCUCAUCUACCUAGUUGAGUUGGCCGAGAAAUGUCAUAUCGAUUUACCCCAAGCAGUGCUGCGCAAAAUGGCCCUAAAUAGGCUGAAGUACCCUGCCAGCAAGGUGCAUGGCUCGUCUAAGAAGUACACUGAAUACAAGGACUGAGCGAGUGCAUGCUGUCAUGCCCAUCCCAAACACAUGCUGUCAUGCCCAUCCCAAACACAUGCUGUCAUGCCCAAUUGGCGUAAUGAAUACACCUCUGCAUUUACAAAGUAACACAAUAUUGUUCAACUUCAGUUAAUGGCAAUGGAGAAUGUUUCUACCUUUUUAUUUAGGGCACUACUGUAUCUCAAUAGUUGGUCAAACUGCCCUUAGCUGCUUUUAGUUUUAUCAAGUGCGUUUUAAAUCCAGUGUUUUUCUUUAACUAUAUGGGUGUUCAUCUUCUGACGUCCCUCUGAUGCUUUUGUCGUUUUAACUGUUCCCCAAAGUCAAAUUGUAAGAAGUCCAUUUUAUUUUUCAUAGUAUGAGUAACUACAUUUAAAUAUCUUAAAUCCAUAUUGUUGUCAAUGAUCGAUGGAAGCUAUGUUCUUUUGUUGCUUUAAAUUCAAUGCAUGUGUGCGACUGAAAAGUAAAAGUGCCUUCAACUAUA